UCUCCCAUUUCAAAUGGCUGUCGUAGCAGAAACAAACAAAUCACCGAAGACAUGACACGUCCACGAAAACGGAAAAUGGAGGCACUCAUCGGUGGAGAUAACUGCAAGGCACACGAAAGUUGCUCUAGUGCGAAACAAAGCAAAUCGACAUCACCGAGGUCCGUGCAUAGCGUGUGCGUGCAAUCUGGGGCAGCAUCGGGUGACUCCACUUCCGAUAUAUGCCACCAACACGUGACAAUACUGAAAAAUCUGGAUGAUGAUGACGAAAGGUCCGUAGUUCAUAUCCAGAGCUGCGAUUUAGGCGAUGUCUGGACACAACAGUAUCCGAUCCCUUUAAGCAGUUACCCAAAUCAUGACAUAGAAACAGGAAACAGCUACUACGACGCAAUCAUCCCGGAACUACAAACGAUCGGCUACAAACCGCUGCAGGUGAUAGCCAAAGGACGGUCCGGCACGGUGAUCAUAGCGCAGGACCUGAGCCCGGAGAAAGUCGGCACGGAGAGCGAGUACCGCCCAGUGGCGCUCAAACUGAAUUCCGGCAAGAAGCGGAAGUACCACCGGUUGAACCGGGCCGACGUCACGGACGAGAUGCUCAUUCACCAGACGCUAGUACACCCAAACAUAGUGCGCAUGCUCUGUCCCCUGUCAUACCAGGGUCGUGGCGGCCUCGUUCUCGAGUUCUGCGAGAGCGGCAACCUCGAGAUGCUGCUCAAGUCGCAGGAUGCCCGCUUCCUAACGGAGCCCAUCUGCCAGAAGUACUUCAUCCAGAUACUGAACGCCCUAGAGUACAUCCACCUGUCGGGCUACGCUCACAGGGACGUGUGUCCUUCCAACAUUCUCGUGUCCAACGAGAACACGCUAAAACUGGCAGACUUUGGCCACGCCGUCAAGUUCACUGCGGGCGACAAGCUCUGCGAAGACAGUUCCGGAACAUUGGGGUACCAGUCUCCGGAGAUCGUCUGCAAGACUCCUUACAACCCAAAGAUGGCCGACAUGUGGUCACUGGGGGCCGUCCUCUAUAUGAUGGCGGUCGGGAGACUUCCCUUCGGCAGAUUGAAGACGGAGGAGAUGGCCAAGAACAUCAAGCGGAUGAGUUGUCCGGAUGCCCACGUGAUGAUUCUGUCCAGUGAAAUCAAAGAACUGAUGGACGGGCUCCUGGCGUACAUUCCCGAGUCAAGGUACAGCCUGAACCGCUGUCGGAACUCUGACUGGACCACCAUGCGGCAGAAACGGGUCCAGAUCGGCAAUUUCUACCUCGUCCGGCAGCCCCAGAAGAUCUUCGAAGGAGAAAGGGAAAAAGAUAUCAAAAGAAAUUUUGAAAUAUAGCAAAGUAGAACUCUUUGGGGGGUUUUAUACUUGUUGUAAGUGGGUGAUUGUAAUUCACAAUUUGAAAUCAAAUGUAUUGAGAUUUUAAAUUUAUUUAUUGUCAAGUGUUCAAAAAAAUUAAUUGUAUAUAUAAAUAUUUUGUUAUUAAUUUUUUUUUUUAAAAGAAGAAAUUUGGAAUAUUUAUUAAAAUGACACUGACGUGGUUUGUAAAAGAGCGUCUUAUGUUAUUCAUCAUUAUUAUCUGACCGAUCGGUGAAGACAAAUGAGGUCAACUGUGGCCAAUUAUAGCCCCGUUUAUAUUUAGAUUGUGUUCCAUGAUUUUUGUCUCACAAACAUUUUUUGUUCCUCACUUUUGCAUUUUGCUUCCCAGUUUAAUUUUUUUAAUCUGUCAUUAUGUUUAGUAAAUAUUCCAUUUGUGGUUUUAUGUAAAAGUAAUUAAAUAAAAAGAAAAGUAAACAGUGAAGUUUAUUUAUGUCAAACAUGAUCGCGCCAGUUGUUAGCUAUACAGUAUAGGUGAAAUGAUUUAAUUUUUAAUUUGAUGCUAAGUACAUGCAUGCAUGCUUGUGUUAUCUUAAGGACAAAAUUGUUAGCUUGUUUGAAGCUGCUACAUCUCUGUAGCGUCCACGGAAGAUGGCAAAUUUGUAUAAAUGUAUUUCUCUCUCUCUCUCUCUCUCUCUCUCUCUCUCUCUCUCACAAUCUGUCCCAUCUCUGUCAAUAUCUCUUUCUCUCCAAAUCUCUCCUCUCUUUCAAUCUCUGUGUGUGUGUGUGUGUGUGUGUGUGUGUGUGUCUCUCUCUCUCAACUAUCCCGAUCUGUUGCAGACAAUUCAUAUCAAUUGCCAUUGUUCUGCGAUGUGUCACAGAUUCUAUGGUAACCAAGCUUGAUGUUUCACCUCGGCAUGUUCAGCCUUCUGAGCAGAAAUAAAAUUAAAUUUGGAUUAAAAGAUUCUAUUCUGA